CGACGACGACAGCUCUACUCAAGGGGAGCUGAAGCUGUCUCUGGGCAGCCAGGCCAGGCCAGGAGGACCAUGUGAAUGGGGCCAGGGGGCUCCUGGGCUGGGCAGGGAACAUGGGCUGUAGCUGCAGCUCAAAUCCUGAAGAUGACUGGAUGGAAAACAUUGAUGUUUGUGAAAACUGCCAUUAUCCCAUAGUCCCACUGGAUGGCAAGGGCCUGCUGCCCAUGAGGAAUGGCUCAGAGGUGCGGGAUCCACUGGUCACCUAUGAAGGCAGCGAUCCCCCUGCGUCCCCAUUACAAGACAACUUGGUUAUUGCGCUGCACAGCUAUAAGCCCUCCCACGACGGGGACCUGGGCUUUGAGAAGGGUGAACAGCUGCGUAUCCUGGAGCAGAACGGCGAGUGGUGGAAGGCUCAGUCCCUGACCACGGGCCAAGAAGGUUUCAUCCCAUUCAACUUCGUAGCCAAAGCAAACAGCCUGGAGCCUGAACCCUGGUUCUUCAAAAACUUGAGUCGUAAGGACGCGGAGAGGCAGCUCUUGGCGCCCGGGAACACACACGGAUCAUUUCUGAUCCGGGAGAGCGAGACCACCGCUGGAUCAUUUUCGCUGUCUGUCCGGGACUUCGACCAGAAUCAGGGAGAGGUUGUGAAACAUUACAAGAUCCGUAACCUGGACAACGGCGGCUUCUACAUCUCCCCCCGCAUUACUUUUUCCGGCCUGCAUGAGCUGGUCCGCCAUUACACCAAUAAUUCGGAUGGGCUGUGCACACGGUUGAGUCGCCCCUGCCAGACCCAGAAGCCCCAGAAGCCAUGGUGGGAGGACGAGUGGGAGGUUCCCAGGGAGACGCUGAAGCUGGUGGAGCGGCUGGGGGCUGGACAAUUCGGAGAAGUGUGGAUGGGCUAUUACAAUGGGCACACGAAGGUGGCAGUGAAGAGUCUAAAGCAGGGCAGCAUGUCCCCCGACGCUUUCCUGGCCGAGGCCAACCUCAUGAAGCAGCUGCAGCACCAGCGGCUGGUCCGGCUCUAUGCGGUGGUCACUCAGGAGCCAAUAUACAUCAUCACCGAAUACAUGGAGAACGGAAGUCUUGUGGAUUUUCUGAAGACCUCCACAGGCAUGAAACUGACCGUCAGCAAGCUCUUGGACAUGGCAGCACAAAUUGCAGAAGGCAUGGCAUUCAUUGAAGAACGGAAUUAUAUCCACCGUGACCUGAGGGCUGCCAACAUCCUGGUGUCUGACACCCUGAGCUGCAAGAUUGCAGACUUUGGCCUAGCACGCCUCAUUGAGGACAACGAGUACACAGCCAGGGAAGGUGCCAAGUUUCCCAUUAAGUGGACAGCGCCAGAAGCCAUUAACUACGGGACAUUCACCAUCAAAUCGGAUGUGUGGUCUUUUGGGAUCCUGCUGACAGAGAUUGUCACCCAUGGACGCAUUCCUUAUCCAGGGAUGACCAAUCCUGAGGUGAUUCAGAACCUGGAGCGAGGCUACCGCAUGGUGCAACCUGACAACUGUCCGGAGGAGCUGUACCAUCUCAUGAUGUUGUGCUGGAAGGAGCACCCAGAGGAUCGGCCCACCUUUGACUACCUGCGCAGUGUGCUGGAGGACUUUUUCACUGCCACAGAGGGCCAGUACCAGCCCCAACCCUGAGGGCCUAGCUGGCUGGAGAAGAGAAGUUCUUGGGCCACAUACAAGUGGCCUGUGCACACCUGGAGUUUGCCCAGGAAUCCUGCCCCUGUGUGACACAUACACUUCUCAUAUCUCCUCCCUGAGCUCUGCACAUGUGUGGCCUGUGCAUGUGUGUCUGGGCCUGCCCACAUCUGUCUUCCACAGAGAGAGGAGAUGUCUCUGACUGACACCAGCUUCUGCCCACCCUCCUUUCCUUCCCUCAGGUCAUUAAGAACCUCCUUAAUGGCCUGGGCCUUAUCUAUUACCUCUGUGCUCCUCAGUGCCUAGCCCACACAGGAAGGAGCUCAAUAAAUGUCUGUUUGUUGAUGACAGUUGUA